AUGGGCCCGGUGCUCUUGGAUAAGAUCCUAGGCGGUCCAGGGUCCCCCAAAGGUAUUGGUACGAAGGUAUGGAGUCUAAUACAUGGUGUAGACAAUUCAGAGGUGCUCCAAGCUCGGGACCUACCGACCCAGAUUAGCAUUGAAGACUCGUAUGGGGGUCUGAGCACCUUCGAAGAAGUUAGAAGAGAGCUGGUCUCCCUAACUGCUAGUUUAAUCCGUCGAAUGCGAGCAGACCUCACUGAGGAGGAACCUGAUGUCGCUGCUGCAGCGGACUCGCGAUCGAAAGGUUCCCUUUCUCGAACAACAUCCACUAUGCGAUGGAUUGCCCGUCCAAGGACUCUACGUUUGUCAACAAGGCCUCGGCCACCUCCUACAUCCAGCGAGGCACAAUCUCACAGCUUCAACCGUAUUUCACGCUCGGCGCCGCUCCCCCACUUUCGCCGCUUGAUCGCCACGACAACCUCUCUCAGUAACCCAUUCCCUAUCCCCCUCCAUUCGUUCUCUAUUCUUUUCUUCCAUAACCUUGGUCUAUCCCUUUCAUUUCCGAUUCCGUCUACCUCACAACGCUCGUUCGGUUUGUUGAUUUCGCUCGUUACAGCAACACAUCGUCGCAUUCGCCAAGACUGCUGCGCCCCAGCCAAGCGUCUCGCCGUGGCGUCUCGAGUUGACCGAUUGCUCGUUGCCUGGCAGGAUCCCCCUAUCCGUGUCUCGACUCUAGAUCAUCCCAAGAUCCAUACGUCCGCGCAUCAAGUCGACCACCUUUCUCAUUUUGAUGUCACGUUCAACCUGCGUGACAAAAACCAACGAAUAAAACUAGAAUUAGAACCGAACCAUGAUAUCCUAGCCGAAGACGCCUAUGUACAGUACCUAGACCGCCAUGGAAACAUUCAACGUGAAGAGCCAAUUCAGCGACAUGAACACAAAGUCUUUAAAGGCCGUGCGUUGCUUGGGAGGGGCAAAGGCAUGUGGGAUCCUGUAGGAUGGGCCCGGAUAUACUUGAAAAAUGACGGGUCACAGCCUCUAUUCGAAGGAGUUUUCAGCAUCCACGACGAUAAGCAUCAUGUCGAGUUGAAAUCAACGUAUCUGCAAAACAAACGUCAGCAAGAUGUGGACAUCCCAGACCGGAAAGGUGAAUACAUGGUUUUCUAUCGAGACUCCGACAUGAUCCGGGAACUACGUACCGACUUGAAGCGCUCAUUUCCCGUUUCCUCGUCGUGCGAAGCCGACAAGCUUAGCUUUAAUGCCGACCCAAGUCACCCGAUUCUCCAAGUCGAGGAGGACAUAAGUCAAUGGGGUGCUAUGUCUUUAAAUUCACUGUUCGGACUUACCAAGCGGCAAUCUGACACUGGGGGUGUGUCGGGCAACAGUGGUGGUGUGAGCUUGAAGUCGACCAUUGGUGAUACGUCUGGUUGCCCGAACACUAAGAAAGUUGCGCUGAUCGGUAUCGCUACGGACUGUGGUUUCACAGGCUCGUUUGAUGACAAAGAAGCCGCUCAAAAAUGGAUCAUAAAUACUGUCAACAGCGCUUCCAAUGUCUACGAGAAGUCCUUCAAUAUCUCCAUUGGUCUACGCAAUCUAACCAUCACCGAAAAGGAUUGUCCAGAAACUCCUCCCGCUUCAGCAGAGUGGAACAUGCCGUGUUCCGAGGGCAAUAUCUCAUCUCGACUGGAUAAGUUUUCUAAGUGGCGUGGGCAGCAAAAGGACACCAAUGCUUAUUGGACCCUGAUGAGCAACUGUCCCACAGGCAGCGAGGUUGGAUUGGCAUGGCUUGGGCAGUUGUGUAAUGCAGACGUUGUAUCAGAUGCCGCGAACGCAGUCAGUGGUACCAACGUCGUUGUCCGCUCCUCAGGUGGCGGAUGGCAGAUCUUUGCCCAUGAAUCGGGUCACACUUUCGGAGCGGUUCAUGAUUGUGAUACUCAGACAUGUGGACAGAAUCUUGAGGCGUCAUCGCAAUGCUGUCCUUUGACUGCGUCCUCCUGUGAUGCAAGGGGCCAGUAUAUUAUGAACCCGACCACGGGCACAGAUAUCACAGAGUUUUCCAAGUGUACGAUCGGAAACAUUUGCUCGGCCCUGGGUGGCAAUAGUGUCAAGUCCAGUUGCCUUUCUGACAACCGGGGGGUCACCACCUAUACUGGCCAUCAAUGUGGCAAUGGCAUUGUUGAGUCGGGCGAAGACUGCGACUGUGGCGGGGAAGAAUCCUGCGGAGACAAUAGCUGCUGUGAUGCCAAAACGUGUAAGUUCAAGAGCGGCGCGGUUUGCGAUGAUGCCAAUGACAGCUGCUGUUCGAAGUGCCAAUUCUCCUCUGCUGGAACCGUCUGCCGAGCCAGCCGUGGUGAAUGUGAUGAGGAAGAAACGUGCAGCGGUACUUCGAGUACUUGCCCUUCUGAUUCCUUCAAGAAAGAUGGAACGAAAUGUGGCGAUUCCUCGGCCGGCCUAACUUGCGCCAGCGGACAGUGUACUAGUCGAGAUUACCAGUGUCGGUCCGUCAUGGGUAGCUUGCUGCACAGCAACGAGACGUACGCUUGUUCUGCAUAUGGCUCGUCCUGUGAAGUGGUCUGCUCCUCAAACACAUUUGGUCAAUGCUACGGCGUCAACCAAAACUUCUUGGACGGCACCCCUUGUAGCGGUGGUGGCCAUUGCAAGAACGGAAAAUGCGACGGUUCUAGCGUCAAGGGCUGGAUUGAUGACCACAAGACCCUAGUCAUUGGCGUUGCGUGUGGUGUAGGGGGCCUAAUUGUUCUGUCAAUUCUCUGGUGUUUGAUCAACCGCUGUCGUCGGGCACGACCGACUGCAAAGCCCAUACCACCACCUGCCGGUCCAUAUGGACCCUGGGCUCGUCCUAUGCAGCAACCGAUCCCCAUGAAUCAGUGGCCCAGUGGGCCGUCGCGUGGAUAUCAGGGGCUUGCAGACCCUCCGCCCCCAUAUCCCCCCCCAGCAUAUGGUAACCAGGCACCUCGAUAUGCUUGA